AUGAUGAAGGAUGCUUCGAAUAGCUUUGGCCAGUCUGUCCCAUUGAUGACAGCAUGGAACACCGAGUCUCAAAUCCAUCUCAUUAUUGGCGCCAAUCCUCUGGCGGCGGCGAGAUGUACAAAGAGUCUCGAGGCCGGCGCCACCCCCAUUCUCAUUGCGCCGGAAACCGCAGACUUGCACUUUACCCUGUCAGAAUACAUCUCCAAGGGAUAUGUACAAUGGCUACGUCGCGAGUUUAACGAUAGUGAUUUGACUAGUCUGGGGAGAGAGGAAGUGGACCGCGUGGUCGACAUGGUCUUCGUUACCUUGGGUGGCAAGCAUACCUUGAGCCCGCAUAUCUCAACAUUAUGCCGCCGUCUUCGCAUCCCUGUCAAUGUGUCUGAUGCCCCCGAGCUCUGCUCAUUCAGCCUCCUCUCUACCUACUCCGAUGGACCGCUUCAUAUAGGAAUUACAACCUCAGGUCGUGGAUGCAAACUCGCAUCAAGGCUUCGACGUGAAAUCGCUGCAUUCCUUCCCGCAAACCUUGGAUCUGCCAUUGAUCGACUAGGUUCCAUGCGUCGGCAGUUAUGGGAAGAAGACAACUCAGCGGGAUUGGGCGAAUCGGCUCUGGAGGGGGAUGAUGACGAUGCAGCUGGUCAAAAUCAUCACUUCAAUUCACUGGUCACGGAGGGUGAUGUUGCCGCUGCGAAGACUAGACGUAUGCGCUGGCUUUCGCAGAUCUGCGAGUACUGGCCACUACGCAAACUUGUCUCUAUCACCGACUCCGAUAUCGAUGCUAUUCUGAAAGCGUACACCGGCGGAAGGAACGAGACCUCAGAAAUCAAUGGUGUCAACGGUGUUAGCACCCUUACAAAGAAGGGAAAGAUUGUGCUCGCUGGAUCUGGCCCUGGUCACCCCGACCUACUGACUCGCGCUACAUAUAACGCCAUUCAAAAUGCCGAUAUCAUCCUGGCCGAUAAGCUAGUCCCGGCUCCAGUAUUGGAUUUGAUUCCUCGUCGCACCGAGGUUCACAUCGCGCGCAAGUUCCCCGGUAACGCCGAUCAGGCCCAGGAGGAGUUCCUGCAGAUGGGCCUUGCCUCUUUGAAAAAGGGUCAGCAAGUGCUGCGCCUGAAGCAGGGAGAUCCAUACCUCUACGGACGCGGAGCAGAGGAGUUUGAGUUUUUCCGGAAUGAAGGAUUCAUUCCCGUGGUUCUACCCGGUAUUACAAGCGCCAUGAGCGCUGCUCUUUUCGCCGAUAUUCCGGCCACCCAUCGGGGUGUCUCUGAUCAGGUUCUGGUCUGCACGGGGACUGGUAGGAAGGGCGCUGCACCGAAUUCACCAACCUAUGUUCCCACUCAAACCGUGGUCUUCUUGAUGGCUCUUCACCGACUGUCGGCUCUUAUCGAGUCACUCACCGUGUACCCUGCCGAAGACUCUGAGCGAACUCGAGCACUUUGGCCGAAGGAUACCCCUUGCGCUAUCGUCGAGCGCGCGUCUUGCCCUGAUCAGAGGGUUAUUCGCUCGACGUUGGAGAAUAUCUGCCUGGCCUUUGAAGAGGCGGGUUCCCGGCCACCUGGGUUGUUGGUUGUUGGAGCAAGCUGCCACGUUCUGCACAGCCCUCAGGAUGGACAGAAGUGGGUUAUUGAGGAGGGAUUCCAUGGCCUAGAAGAGCUUCAUGGAGAGGUGGAGGCUGCAUUAGAGAAAUAA